AUGGGAAAUAUUACCAAUAAGUGUGAACCUUGCUACCAAAAUGAAAUUAGAUGUGAAAUUGAUGAAAACAAGAUACUGAUUCCUUGUCAAGAAUUUGUGAACAUAAAAAUUCCAAGUAAGAUAAACAACACUGAAGGUUGUAGCCAUGGGAAAAACGAUCUACCUAGAGUCUGUGUUGAAAAUAAGGAACAAGGAUUAACAGAGAUGAAAUAUGAAGCUGUAAACAGAAGGAUUAAGAAGGUAACUUCUGAUAUGAAUGACCUGAUAGGACCUUGUGACAAAAAUGAAAAAGGAAAAGAUGAUGAGGCCAAUAGGAUAGUUAGUGUGGAUAAAGAAACCACAGAAGAAAUUGAUCAUAAAACCUUAGUCAAAGAAGACAUGACCAAAAGACCCCUCGAAAAAGAAGCCCUAAAUCAUACAUGUAAUGAAUGGAUGGAAAAGGUUGAGGAAUUCCGGAAGGAAUUGAAAAAACUUACCGAAGCGAAACCUGCUGAGAGAACAUUCAAUAUUAGUAAAUGUUAUCAAAGUAGAAUGAGAGUUAAGAUGAAUGGAAGCAAGAAUGGAUAA